AGUUGGAAUUCCAAAGUGGAAAAAUCAAAACUACUUCAACAGCUAGCCUAGCUCAGAUCAACAAAAUUAUUCAAGUUUCAUUUCUAGGGCAUCAUUAUAUUUUCCCUCUUUUUGAAUCCAAUCACCACAAAAACAAGAAUCUAUGGGUUGUGCAGCAUCUCUUCCAGAUAGAAGUUCUAAAGCGUUGCCAGGGAUUAAUUCGGCGAACGAUGGAACGGACUCGAAAAACCUAAAAGUGAAGUUAGUGUUGUUAGGGGAUUCAGGUGUCGGCAAAAGUUGUAUCGUUCUUCGCUUCGUUCGUGGUCAGUUUGACCCCACAUCGAAAGUAACUGUCGGAGCUUCAUUUCUUUCACAGACGAUUGCCUUGCAAGAUUCUACUACUGUCAAAUUUGAAAUAUGGGAUACUGCAGGCCAGGAGAGGUAUGCUGCAUUAGCUCCACUUUACUACCGCGGAGCAGCAGUUGCAGUUGUUGUGUAUGACAUAACAAGCCCAGAAUCCUUCAACAAGGCGCAGUAUUGGGUCAAGGAGCUACAGAAACAUGGUAGUCCCGACAUUGUUAUGGCCUUGGUAGGCAACAAAGCGGAUCUUCUGGAGAAACGUCAAGUACCCAUCCAAAACGCCCUCGAGUAUGCUGAGAAGAAUGGAAUGUUCUUCAUUGAGACAUCUGCCAAGACAGCUGAUAACAUCAAUCAACUGUUUCAGGAAAUUGCUAAAAGACUACCAAGGGAGCAGCCUGCCACUUAAUGAUUCCUCCAAUGUAAUGAAUUGGUAAGAAGACAACCCAUUAUGCUGAUCGUAAUAAGAGUUUUCUUAGCUCUUAUCUCAUGCUUCUAAUGUUGAGUAUGUUUAUAGUGUGAUUUUAUACCUGCAAGGCUGUAAGCAUUUCUCAAAUUCUAUAGUGGAUUCCUUCACGAUUUGCUAUUUGUAUGAAAUGAAACUCUCCAGUUGACAUGUCAGUGUGAUGUAAUGCCUCUAGAAAAUAGUUUGUUCAUGAUCCAUGAGAAAUAUAGAGAUAGAGAAAAUUACAAGUAGCUUUCUGAAUUUGAUUUAUUGUUAAAUUUAGAAUUCAAUGAAGCUCCAGAAUUGCUC